AUGUCGAUCUGGGACAAGUUCACAGGACGAAAGUCCACGUCCUCGACCUCCACUCCUUCCACCUCAAACCCUGCGGCGGACAGUUUUCAACCUACUCCUUUUGAUCCUCAAGAAGCACAAGACGUCUCGUCCUUCCUCAGCCCUACCUUUGCGGACCCUUCACAACUCCACCCACUUGCUGGACUGAAUCAGCAAACUCUCGAUUACUUAUCUCUCGAAGAUUCUGCGUUAUCGGAUCUCCCAGGCUCGCAAUCUGCGUUGCCGUCACGAGGCUGGUCUGAUGAUCUCUGUUAUGGAACCGGAGUGACUUACCUUACCGCAUUAACUGUGGGCGGUGCUUGGGGCUUGCAGGAGGGAUUAAGACGAUCGAGUGGGCAACCUCCGAAACUGCGAUUAAAUUCGGUGCUCAAUGCAGUGACACGGAGAGGACCCUUCUUAGGCAACUCUGCUGGUGUGAUUGCGAUGGUUUAUAAUGGAUUCAACUCGUUCAUCGGGCACAUGCGUGGAAAGCACGAUUCGGUGAACAGUAUUGUGGCAGGUGGAUUAAGCGGGAUGAUCUUCAAGAGCACCAGAGGAAUUCGACCUAUGAUGAUCUCUGGUGGCAUCGUCGCCACGGUUGCUGGUGCAUGGGCUGUCACAAGAAAAGCGCUCUUUUAA